AUGGCUACAGCCAUUCGGAUCCUGCAUCGACAGCAUAAGGUAAUUGAACGAGUGGAGGGGGAUACAGUGCUGGGAGAUCAAGGCAAAGUAGGCGUUGGAGGGGUCAUCGAGCAUGGCUGUGGCCAUGAGGCGGCGGGCGGCAGAGAUGAGCGUUGGAGAGGAUCUCUGAGUUCUCUUGGCGGGGAUGGCUUUGCCCUUGAACACGCCUUCGAAUGGGGGAAUCUUCACAUAGGGAUCGGCGUGGAUGUAGAUGUUGUAGUGCUUGCGGGUUGCGUUGGAGAAGAAGCGUUCCCAGAGAGGGGCGAAGUGUAG